GGAGCGCGCAUUGUGAAGAGGCGGGGCAGCGGGAAUAUCUCUUUCCGGAUAUUUACCGAUGUUUACCUCCACCUGCCCGCGCGACGCGCCCAGUUCCAAGGUUUUUAACAGCGGUAGUAUCAACGGACAUGACAAAGUUCCCAAAUCCAGGACUACUGAGGUUGUGGAGAUGGACUGAGGGUUGUGUCUGUGUGUGUGUGUGUGUGUGUGUGUGUGUGUGUGAGUGAGUGACGCGUAAUUCAGAGUGCAAAGACACAGAGAAACCCGCAGUGGGAACACACAGCCAUAACGGGUACCUCCCCAACCAACGCGGCUUCGCAUACGCGUCCCUCUAUUGAUUUGAAUGUGUUGACAAUUGGAGAAAUAGCUUGAGCUGCAUUGAGAAUUACAAAAGUAUGAAGGCCAAUGGUCCAAUAUUCUAGAAUACUGCUGUGCGUGCACAUUUUGGACUCUGAUAGACGUGUGUGUGUAAGAGGUUGAGUAACCCGCGGUAACAGACAUGCCCAAACCUGAUCUACUGUGUUUGGUUCAACUACUGGACAACACUAUCCAAACCUUUACAGUCAACAAGCAGGAUGCAGGUGAGGUUUUGCUGGAGCAGGUGUGUAAUCAGCUGGGUCUGCUGGAGAGACACUUCUUCAGUCUGCAGCUACGAGACUCCAACACCACCAUCGUCACUCAAACACACUCUCCUAGGUGGCUGGAGGCCAACAAACCACUGAAGAAGCAGCUGAAAGGAGUUGUCUCUCCAUUCUACCUGACCCUCCGAGUCCGAUUCUUCAUCUCAGACCCCAACUCUCUACAGCAUGACCAGACCAGACAUAUGUACUUCCUCCAGAUCAGGAGUGACAUCAGAGAGGGCAGGUUGAAGUGUCCUCUGAGUGCAGCUGUGGUACUGGCCUCCUAUGCUGUGCAGUCUGAGCUAGGUGACUACUCCCCAGACCUUCUCCCUGGUUACCUGUCCAAAAGCCACUUCCUCCCGGAGCAGGAUGAUGACUUCCUGUCUAGAGUGGAGGCUCUGUACCCAGGGCACAGGGGGCUGAAGCAGAGUGAUGCAGAGCUGUGUUUUCUCAACACAGCAAGAACUCUGGAGCUGUAUGGAGUGGAGCUACACACUGCCAUGGACUCCAACAGUUCCCCUCUAUUGGUGGGAUUGGCCUCAGGGGGCGUGGCUAUCUUCUGUAACAUGAUUUGCUCCAGUUUCUUCCCCUGGGUGAACAUCAUCAAGAUAUCCUUCAAGAGGAAACGCUUCCUUAUGCAGCUCAGACGCAAACAUGGGGAGACGCAGGACUGUGUGGUGAGCCUGGUCCUGCCGUGCCCCAGGGCCUGUAAGAACCUGUGGAGGUCAUGUGUGGACCAUCACUGCUUCUUUCACACCAACCUGGCAACCCGUAGCCCACACCACACCAACCUGGCAACCCAGAUACACAACAAGCUGCUCUCACAACACUGGGCCUUGGGCAACACUAAAACAGACAGUGGUCCAGUGUGUAAGAAAGUGAUGGGUGGGAUGGAGUGGAACCCAGCUCUGAGGGGAUCCACCUCGUCAGAACACCUGGAGACCAAGAGCCUACCUUCCCGAUCCCCCCCGCUCACACCCAACUGGCGGAGUCCUCGUGUGCGUCAUGGCGCCCGUAAACCCCGCCCCUCCUCAGUGGAGCUGAACAAUGACCUGCGAGACGUGUCAGAGGGGGAGGAUGUCUUUUACACCUACAGGGUCUCCCUCAGCAGCAGCCAGGAGGGCACGCCUACACACAGUGUUUCUGGCACUCACAGCCAAGGAGGCGGAUGGUCGCAGGUUGAUGACAUCGGCACAGGAGAGGAAGACAUUAAGGCCACCUCUCACUACCGGGACAAGCGUGCUCUGGGGGAUGGCGACCUGCUAUUGGUGCGUCUCGCUCCUGAUCACGAUGGAAAGUUUGGUUUCAAUGUCAAAGGUGGCGUGGACCAGAAGAUGUCCCUGGCCAUAUCCCAGGUCAACCCUGACUCCCCUGCGGGGCGGGUUGAGCCAAGGUUGUUGGAAGGUGAUCAGGUCGUGCUGAUCAACGGUCGUGACAUCUCUGAACACACGCAUGAUCAGGUGGUCAUGUUUAUAAGAGCCAGCAGAGAGUCCCACUCCAGAGAACUGGCUCUGCUUAUACGACGCAAAGGUCCAGGGCGUGUGGCCCCCCUGCUGCAGUUUCCCUCUGCCCUGUCUCUGACUGGCCAAUCACACGGUGAACCACUGCUUCUGCCUGGCCAAUCAGAACAAGGCCAGACACUUGAAGAGUCCAUGAAACAACUGGAGAGGGGGAUCCAGACAGGCACUCUCACCUUCCACUUCGAGAACCUGUACAUGAGGAAGCCUGGCCUGUCAGUAGCCUGCGCUCGUCUCCCUGAGAACACAGACAAGAACAGAUACAAGGACGUGCUGCCCUACGACGUCUCCAGAGUGGUACUUCUGGACCAAGAGGACUACAUCAAUGCAAGCCACAUCACGGUGGUGUCCCCAGGGUCUGGUGUGUGUCUGCGCUACAUUGCAGCUCAAGGACCGCUGCCUCAGACCUGCACUCACUUCUGGCAGAGUGUGUGGGAGCAACACACACACACCAUCAUCAUGCUCACCACACUCACCGAGAGAGGACGGACUAAGUGCCACCAGUACUGGCCACACCCUCCUGAAGUGAGGGAUUAUGGGUACCUGAGGGUCAGCUGCCACUCUGAGGAAUGCAACCUGGCCUACGUCACACGCCAGUUCACCCUCACACACACACAGCUGGGAGAGGAGCGUUCGGUGACCCACCUGCAGUAUGUAGCAUGGCCAGACCAUGGUGUACCUGAUGACCCCUCAGACUUCCUGCUGUUCAUCACCUCUGUUAGAGAGAGGAGGACAGGAGACACACCACUUAUGGUGCACUGCAGCGCAGGGAUUGGGCGUACAGGUGUUCUCAUUACCAUGGAGACGGCGUUGUCGCUGUUGGAGAGCGGUCGACCUGUGUUCCCUCUGGACAUCAUCAGGACGCUCCGAGACCAGAGGGCCAUGAUGAUCCAGACCACGUGUCAGUUCCGGUUUAUGUGUGAGGCCAUCCUGCGUGUCUACAGAGAGAGAGGAGAGCAUUCUACAGCACCACCCUCAGCACUGCUAACGGACCAUUAACAGGAGGAUGGGGGGACAGCUAGCCCCAGCACUAGGCUAACAGGAGAAGAGGACUGCUAGCCCCAGCACUAGGCCAACAGGAGAAGAGGGCCGCUAGGCUGUAGCCUUAGAGAGCCAUAGCAUUCCACUAGCCUUAAGUGCUCGACAACAGCUAGCCUUCUGUUGCUACAGCACAUAACGAGCCAUAGUGCCGAAUGUGCUCAGCUAGUCCUAUCCUUAUGUUAGCCAUAGAGCACCGCUAGCAGGGAAGGACCAUGUACUAUAAAGGUCUCUUUUUUUUCUUCUCUGGGACCAAAGUGCUACUGUAUGAGUGACUGAAGACUGUAUCUCAGUACCUCCUGAGUGGAGGCUAUAUAGCCUUCCUAAUGGAGCCCGCGGCUAGUUCCUCCUGAGUGGAGGCUAUAUAGCCUUCCUAAUGGUGGCCCGCGGCUAGUUCCUCCUGAGUGGAGGCUAUAUAGCCUUCCUAAUGGUGGCCCGCGGCUAGUUCCUCCUGAGUGGAGGCUAUAUAGCCUUCCUAAUGGUGGCCCGCGGCUAGUUCCUCCUGAGUGGAGGCUAUAUAGCCUUCCUAAUGGUGGCCCGCGGCUAGUUCCUCCUGAGUGGAGGCUAUAUAGCCUUCCUAAUGGUGGCCCGCGGCUAGUUCCUCCUGAGUGGAGGCUAUAUAGCCUUCCUAAUGGUGGCCCGCGGCUAGUUCCUCCUGAGUGGAGGCUAUAUAGCCUUCCUAAUGGUGGCCCGCGGCUAGUUCCUCCUGAGUGGAGGCUAUAGAACUAGGCCUUUUCUAGACUAGAGAGAUUGACUGGUCUCUCUGUAUUGUUGGGAGUGAGGCUUUCGGUGGAUUCACAGUAGAGACGAACACUGCCAGAUCCACCACACACUACCCCACGCUCCCACCUUCCCUAAAUUAUUGACACACUGAAUAAACACACUGACAUCUA